AUGGCUGCUGUUCGGCGCCUUGCAUCCACCUUGGCGGCGUUCCUCGUAUUGGCUUCGACUUCGACCUGCUGCACCGCCGAAGAUGAACUGGCUCUACAGGCCCGGAUGACUCCCUGCGAGCUGAUCAGAUACUUCGGCUAUCCCUGCGAAAUCAGCUACGUCACCACGGACGACGGUUACGUUCUGGAAGUGGACAGGGUGCCGCGUGGACGACAGGGCAACGCAGCGGCUGCGGAGGAGCAGAACGGGACCCGUCGCCACCCCGUGCUGUUUGUGCCGGUGUUCGCUAGUGCCUCGGACAUAUGGUUCUUUAACUUCCCUUCGCAGACCCCAGGCUUCCUGUUCGCCGACGCUGGCUUCGACGUAUGGUCGAUGAACUCUAGGGAGACGGAACGGUACUCUAACCACACUACCCUGUCCAAGAACGACCCUGAAUACUGGAAGUUCAGUUCUCAAAUUCCGACGCACAGUUUCGACGAGAUCGGACGCUACGACGUUGCUGCCGGAGUCGAUCACGUGCUCAACGCUACCGGUGCGGAGAGGCUGACGCUCGUCAGCUUGUCGCAGGGCGUCACCAGUAUUCUGGUUUUCCUGUCCACGCGGCCGGAGUACAACGACAAGGUCGACCUGGUUGUCGCAUACGGUCCUGUUGCUAACGUCUCCCACCUGGGGCCUCCACUGUCGCUUCUGAUACCCUUCACACCUAUACUUGCCACCUUCAUCUACCCCUUCUCCAAGGCCGGCUUCCUGGGAGCGUCCGAGGGCCUCUCAGUUCUUCUCGCGAAAUUGUGCGAGAUUUUGAAUGGCGAAGUGUGCUCAUUGGCCAUCACUAUAACGCUCUUCAGCAGCCCUUAUCAACUGAACGAGACCCGACUGCCCAUGUACAUAGGCCACUAUCCCAUCGGAACAACUAUACAAAACUUCAUGCAUUACUAUCAGGUGUACAAGGCCAAAGACUUCGUCAUGUACGAUCAUGGCGCCAAGGAGAACCGCGAGCGGUACAAUCAGGCGAACCCGCCGGCCUAUCCGCUGGAACGCAUCACAACUCCAUGGGCGUUGUUCUCGUCAGAGGGUGAUCAGGUCGCCGACUCGCGUAACGUCGAAGAACUGGUCGCCAGACUCGGAUCAAGGGUUAUCCUGCAUCGGGUGGUUCCACAGAAAACCUUUGGUCACGUAGAUUUUUCAAUCGGAUACAGAAGCACCGACUUCUUGCACAAUGUCGCCAUCGACCUUGUAAAGCAGCAGACCGGUCUGAGCGAAUGAGGGAGCCUGGUUCCAGGUACAAGAACAAGGACUGCCGCUCACGAGAAACGCUGUUUUGUUGGCAUCCCAAAGGAAAUGUUUUUAACGGAGUCCUUAACGCAAAAAAAGAGCUUGUAUAUGAAAUUGCAGUACUUCCGGGCAUUUAAGUAUAUUGCCGUUUGACUUUGGAUAGGAUGUAACUUUAAAUGCUGUUAAAUAAAUUUGAGGACGAGCGCCCUUCAUGUCCUGCCGUGUUUUCUGUGUUCUUCCACGAUGUUCCUUUUUCCUCUGAGGCGCUGGAAAUGCCUCACAUAUGCGGAGUACGUUUUCCUUUCCAUU